AUUUUUUAUCUUACAUGUAUAUUAAAGAUCCAAGGUGCCAUAAUGGUGUCGUCGUUGUUCCAAAUUGUCAUUGGUUUCACUGGUCUUGUUGGCUUUCUCCUUCGCUUCAUCGGACCACUGACAAUAGCACCAACAAUAACCCUGGUGGGCGUGGCACUCUUCAAAGUAGCAGCUGGAAAUGCAGGUACAGUCGAACCUCGCUUUACUGACACCUCGUUAUUACGGACAAUUUUCAUUGUCCCCGGGGAAAGAAAGCCCUUACAUUUUCUCUAAACUCUACCCGCUCAAUACGGACACCCGUUACUGCGGACACUUGUUUCUUGCCCAAUCAACAGAUUAUCAUUCAUAAUGCUAAUGCCGACACUUCAUUAUGAACUGGUUGCUAAAAUGGACGUCUCCUUUUAAAACCCUUCAGUUGACAGCAUGUCAAUGUUCCCAACGCUAGGGUACACCAGAUAGGAUGAAUUGUGGACGUCAAUUUCAGACUAUUUUGGCAUCAAACGAGUUAUUCAGAGAACGGUUUUGAUUAAGCAAUACACGUAUAUAGAUAAGGUCAAUUUUCAGUGGCGAACUGAGGAUUUUGUGAUAGAGGGGGCGUAGAAAUAUAGUAUACAGAAAAAAUGGGAAAAUGGGCGCGAUAGCGUCCAUCAGGACUGUAAAAGGCGAGGGGAACGGCCAACUUUUCCAAGGAGUUUCGGGCGCAGGCUCCUCCGGGAAAAGUUUUGUGAUUGAAGUUCUCUGAGAUGCAAUCCAAUGCAUUCUGGACGCUUAAAUUUAGAAAAAGCCUGGAUUCCAUAUUGAACAGAUCUGAACAUGUAAUGCUGAAAUUUUAAUAAAGCACAGGUGUGGUUGUAGUCAAAGAAGUAAAAACGUUAUGAUGCUAGCAGGGGCCGACGCGAUUGCGGCGAGAGCACAACCUCCCGCACAGACAACGUUUGAUAAAUUUUCUUAUUAACAAUGUUUCUUAAAGAAAAUAUAUUUAAGUAAAAAUGCUCGAAGUACCAUCCGUUACACUUUUACAAAAGAAAAAACUUCCCGGACAAAAGGGUGGCCGGGGCCCCCUGGGCCCACUCCUAAAUCCGCCCUUGAUUUUUGACUGUUUCCGUGGAUUUAUUCCGCGGAAUGACGGCUUUGUGAAGGUUAGCGAUGUUUAACUUGACAAUCCUAAUUUCAUCCACAUUCUCUGAAAAGUUAAAAGUACACACUAACUAAAUCGUACCAUGUAAAGUAGUGUUGAAGAGGUUCCAUUUGAAUGGUCACAUCAUAGGAUUUCAUCCACAGACUCAAAAGCUAGAACUACAUUUCAAAUAAGAAGUAUCAUGUGAAAGUACUGCUGGAGAGGUUUUAUUUAAAUGGUCACACACUAAUAGCAUUAAAUACACAGUCUCAAAAAUUUAAGCAAGUACCCACUGUUAAAAUAAAGAGGGUUUUUUUUUGUUCAAUGGUCAAACUACUGGAUUUUGAUCACAGACCAUCACAUACCUUCAUAAUUGACUCUUUUUCAUAACUGACACUCUUUUUAAUGUUUAUAGGCAAUCACUGGGGAAUUUCAAUGGCGUAAGUACAUCUUUACAGAAAAGUCUUUCGUAUUAUUCUGCUAUAAUGCAAAAAUAUAUAGGGCCGUUUAUACGAGAGAACAUAAGCCGCGGCUUAUAUGAGACGCGAACACCCCGUAUAAACGGAGCAAAAUCUACGUUCACGGCCUAUUAAACCCACGGCUAGCUCAAUCCACGGCUUAUCCUGGCCGAGGAGAUUUAGGCUGGGCCUAACCAAGCUGCGGCUUACCCCAGACGAGAAAGUGCUCGUAUAAAUCGACUCAAACGUUGUCCGAGGUUUGUUGAUGCCGUCAACGAUUGCUGCACAUAUUCUGUUUUCAGUUAUAUCCCAGCCCUUCACGGCCGAGAGACGGGUGCUGCAGUGGCAGGAAAAUAGGGAGUUUAAGAUACGGGGACUACGGACUACGAACUACGGCAGGACGAGCGUUGUCCUUUGUUCGUAGCACUGGGUUGAGUAGUGCAAAUAUAGAACGUUAAGAUUGCACUACAGACAGUAAACUACGAGAGAAGAGGCGGAGAGGGAAACAAGACGCAAAGAUUUUCUUGUUUUCAUCACAGUUCACAAAAAUGCAAGUCAGUUUUGCAUGUUGACAGAAAUAGUAAUAGCUCAUUUAUUAGAUUUAGAGGAUGGACUUCUCCGACUACUGAUCUGAUGUAGUUUGAAGUAUUGAAAUGCCGAGUUUCGAUUGUCUCGAAGAUGUUUACAUCAUUUUCAUUCAGUAAAUGGCGCGAUUCAAAAACUCGCAUAAACAAGGGUUACACACGUAGAAAGACACAAUGAUCAAUUCGACCAAACAUUGAAACUUUUCAAGUGCGAAGAGAAAGUAAAUUACCUACAUGAUUUCUCUUCUCCUACGCCGUCAAUCUGAAUUCUGCGUAUAAACAUCUGAGCUUAAUAUGAGCUUAGCUAGAAAGAUUUGAAUCACAACAGUCGAUUAAAAGCGUCAGUAAAUCUGAGCAGAAAUUAGACACAACUUACAUAUUUCGCUUCCCUCUCACUUAAAGCAGGUGAAUUGAAAACUUUUUUUACGAAAAGAUGAGAUUCUUGAGUUACCGGACGGCAAAAUACGAGCAAAAUGUUCUCCGUAGUCGCGACUACGCGAAACAGCUCAACAACUCACCGCAGCCACAGGACCACGCGGGAAAAAUGAACAGUCACGUGGUUUUGAUCAUGCGCAGUAGCAUGUUUAUCCGUAGUCGUAGUCCGUAAUCGCCGUAUCUUAAACUCCCUAAUGACCUGCUGCACGAGAGAGCGAGAGAGCAGGAACUUUCGUCUCAACUCUAACUCAUCCAUCGCUGGAAUAUCUCUUUCAAACCACUCGACUGACCGCUGACAAACUUUUCGUCGAGGUUUCCGCACAAGUUACGCAACAGCCCAGAACUGAUUUUGACCGAAAUGUUAAUUUAAAACAAAAAAGACAGCGUAAAAUAAGGCGAUUUGCCUGACCAAAGCCAAUCGUUUCGCUUUCUUGCUCGCUCGAGCCAUUGCUGCAAAUUACACGAGGCACCAAAACAAACUACGUCAUCAUUGAACCAGUCUGGCCGCGUACUAAGCCGUGAACCAUUUAUACCAUCAGUUCUCGUUUUAUAUAAGCUGUACUCGUAUAAAUGGUUCCCUUCGCAUCUUAUGUAAACCGCGGCCAUAGUAAGUCGCGGCUUAUUUUCUCUGGUAUAAACGGCCCUAAUUGUGUACAAACCGGCCCCGCGUACGAAGAAUGGGUGAAGUAGUUUUCUUUCCAGCGGGAAUCUGCUUUUUUAUCGAAGGUUUUACAAAGGAAGUAGACCAGUUUCAGAAGGUAGUUCUAUCUUUGUCUGGUGAUUGUAGUAAAAGCAGUCUUCUUUGUUUUUCAGGACCAUCGCAUUAAUAGCUCUGUUUUCCCAAUACCUAACCAAUGUCAAGAUUCCUGUGCCAGGAUAUAGCAAAGAUCGAGGUGGUUUCUACGUUAAUCAUUACCCGUUAUUCAGGCUAUUUCCCGUGAGUAUCUAAUAUUGACACGAAGACGAAAGAGAAACCAGAUGAUAUUUUGAGCAACAAAAAUUUCCGUCUAUACCCUUUGAAUUGAACACAUUUAAUGCUUAAUGACUGGUCCCGAGGGAAACAGUUAAUUUUGUUUUCGUGCGAAUCCCGAGGGACCAGUCUUUACAGCUGGAAAUUCAUUAAACCUCGCUGUAACGGCGGUCGUCGGUCAACUUUCGCGGGCAACAGUGCGCCGUUACCCUCCGACGUCAAAGAUUUUUCAAUGUUACCAGCUCAGAGAUUUUGGCGGGAAACGGUUUCAUUUUUAGAUGUCAUGUGACCUCAAAGUAACCAAUGAGAGCGCGCGCUGUCGGGAGAAAAUUUCCAGCUAUAUUAACAAAGUACAAAUGUUGCUUUUUUCACUCAUUUGGCACCUGGAAUUAUAACAACUGGCAAUACCAGAUUUUAAUGGAGAGGUAGUACGAUUAACAGGAAAAAGUUGACCCGUCACUCGUUAGAGAACGUAUUGUUCGCGAGACGACAGGCAUCCCCGACACAUCCUCCCCUUUCCACAUAGGGAUCAGGGGUUCCAAACUGACUAUAGGCCUCAAUCACUAAAAAUCUGUCUAAAGAUGGCAACUUGGUAUGUAAAGAUAUUAAAGUACCCCUAUCGCAAAUGUCCUUAAAAGGCCUGCGUUUUGAGAUUAUAAGUUUCUAUUUCUUAUCGCUUCCAUUGGAAUGCAGGGAUUUUAUUAUUCUGACCUUUUUUACUAUUAUUCGAGAUGUGAAGUAAUAACAUCUCCAGUCUGUCCAAAGACGAGUGAUCUAGUCACGUUUUUUUUGUUGUUGUUGUUUUACUUCGCGACAGUACAACAAUGCAGAUACCAAAUCAAUUAAGAAAUUGUCUUCCACAAUCACUUUAAUAUCGCUUCUUGCUUAGAGACUCAUUCCUUGUUAUACGUGUCAUCCUUUCCAAGAUCAUUCUUGCGAUCGCCGUUUCCUGGUUGAUCUGUGCUAUCAUCACGGUAGCAGGAGGUUUCCCUUCGGAUCCCAGCAAUCCUCAGUACAAGGCAAGAACUGAUGCUAGAAUUGGUGUGUUGAAAGAUGCAAAAUGGUUCAGAUUUCCGUACCCAGGUAAAGCUUGUCCGUGAGCAUAGCGCAUAGUUUAUUCCUCUUCACAUGAAACUGAAGCAGCUACGAUAAUAUUUCAUACAGUGAUGGGAAGUUUCAUCAGCUCCCCGGCUUUCUUUCCGAUAGUUAACCAGAAGUGUUCUGGAUUCGUUUACAUAGACGGAAGUACUACCUUAUCCCAUUCUGGACCCGAGCAUUGAUAAUCCUUGUUGGAAUUCAACACGGGAAUCAGAGAAAACAUGCCAUCCCGGAGCAAGGAACCGAGAAAGAUGAUCAAAACUCCCACAAUAAUACUCGUCAAAUUUCCUUGAAACAAUAGACUGAAACUGAGGAUUUCUCAAGUCACGCCUUCUCAACCAACUUAUUUAACUUUUCCCAGAGUGUAAUUCUUCCUUCCUUCCCUUAUAUUGAGAUUUGCGUAUACUUGCAAAUGGAUUACCGUAAGAUUCCGAAAAUAAGCCCUGGGACUUAUGUUUUUCAAAGGCCCUUUUUGAGGGGCCUGUUUUGGGGGGGCUCAUCUACAGAGGGAAAUUUGCGUUUCAAAAUCGAUCGGGCUUGCCUUAUAGUUGGAGGUAAAUUUACCGUUUUUGCUUUGUUUGACUUUGUAUUUGAGGGCAAUUUUCCAAGUACAAGCCCUCGGGAGGCUUAUAUUUGGAGGGCGAUUUAACGGAGGGUUUUUUGCGUUACCGGUUUGGGGCCUUAUAUUUGGAGGGGCCUAUUUUCGGAAUUUUACGGUAUACGUGUAUCAACAUUAGGUAGGUAGGUUGUAACGUGGCAAGUAUUUCAAAAAAAGUGACGUGUGUUGUGGUUAGAAAAUAAAACGCACACUAAAAUGGUGGCUCAUAAAUCUGCUACUUCAGAGGUUCAGAUCGAUAGGUGUCGGGAGCCCAUGGGUGUCUCGUAUCAUGCCCCCUACCACCCCCGCCCACCCUCAACCCAUGCACCACCGCCAUCUUCGAGCGCAAGUGUUAUAGUCGCUUCGGAGAAGUCUUGACCUUUAUAAUGGAACAAUUCUAGUAUUACAUUUGUGUUGUUUAACCCAGGUCAAUGGGGAAUGCCCACUGUUAGUGCCGCAGGAGUGUUCGGGAUACUCGCCGGUGUAUUAGCCUCAAUCAUCGAGUCUGUAGGAGAUUACUACGCAUGCGCGAGAUUAUCAGGAGCUCCCCCUCCUCCAAAACAUGCGAUCAAUCGUGGGAUUGCCUGGGAGGGGAUUGGAUGUCUUUUAGCGGGAGCUUUUGGAACUGGAAAUGGUACAACCUCAUAUAGUGAGAACAUUGGAGCAAUUGGUAUCACUAAGGUACAUUAGGCAAUCGUUUUGCAGUUUAAUUAGCUCAUGUUUUGUUUACUAAAGUGAAACAUGUCAUGCGACACUCGCUGGUGCAAAUGACAGCAUCCUUGCUGUUUAAGAAGUGUAGGAAAUUUGUCAUAUCAAGUCAACUGAUAAAACCCAUUUCUCAUUACUACUCCGAUGCAUCACCCCUCGUUUCUUAAGAACCUAACCCUUUUAUUAGAAGCGUGCUUUGCUAAUAAGGGGGUGACUGACACAGGACAAGAGACAAACCACUCAACUAGUGGUCAAAAUGAGAGUUAACCGGUUAUCGCAGGAUUAUAAGUGCACGGUACCCUUACCUCACGACUGCAGUUGCGGAUCUAUAAGGGUGUUAGCUGUUACCAAUCAGCCUCGAAACAAAGCGUUAAGUUUUAUUCAUGUGUAUUAUGGUGUCCUCAAAAUGUUUCAAAUGAGAAAGGAUGGAAAGGAAUUUAAAAUUUUUACAACGCCGCAAAAUAGAUUAAAUACUUACAUAACUACUCGAAAAUCGUGUACUCUCUCCUCCGCCGCACACGAUAUCACGCCAAACACGGAAAUAAAGUACAAAUUAAACCUUUCUAACAAACAUGUUAAUUGGCCAUCUUCCCUGGACCCGCUCCUGGACUGAGGUAUAUAUACAAUAGCUAGGUCUAAGUAACUGGUACUUCGUGCCCCUGGAAGAUGGAAAAAGGUAACAGUACUUAAGCAUUCAUGGCACCAUUACGAUUCAAGAUUAACUUCUAACUUAUCUUACACUACUUCGUUCUUAGGUUGGUAGUCGUCGAGUGAUCCAGUGGGGUGCUUUUGUUGUAAUGACUGUUGGCAUUAUUGGAAAAAUCGGCGCGCUCUUUGUCAGCAUUCCAGAUCCCAUCGUCGGUGGAGUCUUUAUGGUCAUGUUUGGAAUGAUCUCCGCCGUCGGAAUCUCUAACCUGCAGUUUGCUGACAUGAAUUCUUCCAGAAACUUGUUUAUAGUUGGUUUUUCUAUUGUUUUUGGAUUAGCUCUUCCGUACUACAUGGAGAAUAAUCCAAAGGCCAUCGACACAGGUAUGUACAGGGAUUUCAUGAGUUUAAGAGUUUGAAAGGGUAGAAAAACGUUUCAUUUAGGUAGUUAAAGGGGCCUAGAAUCAAAAUAUUUCGCGCGGACACAGUUUAUGGCGUUACCAUUUUAAUCAUGUUCUCCCAUUACAUUCCAAGAGUUAGAAAAGUGAUGCAAAUUCUCAAUCAGGUAUGAGAAAGGGGUACCAUUUUUCAAUGGAAAGUAUAGUUUUUCAAGAGCAGCCUGCUCUAGGCUCCAAGAUAGUAGUGCAGUCGUUCAGUCAAAAAAGUGAUGUGAAAACCGCGCUGGGACUGGGGAGAGAGAAUGCACCAGAUCGUGCGCUUCUUAUGUAUAUUCGCGGCGUCUCUGCUACCUGAGAGCCUUGUACACCAUAUAAAAGGGUAAUAAUUAUUUCAAUAGGUGUAACAGAAAUCGACCAGAUAGUUACUGUUCUGUUGAAAACAAGCAUGGCUGUAGGAUGCAUAGUAGCGUUGAUUCUGGACAACACCAUUCCUGGUACUGAAGAAGAACGCGGACUAAAAACAUGGCGGCAACACCUGGGAGACGACGAAGGCGAAGAGCAGUUUGAUACUGCUUCCGUUUCCGUGUAUGAUCUUCCAUUUUGUCUUAAGAGACUGAGUCAUUGCAGAGCGGCCAAAUAUCUGCCUUUCCUGCCGUAUGAAAACGGCCAAAAAGAUCUUCCAACACAUGUUGGAGAGAUGGACAAUGACGAAAAUUGCAAACUGUAA